AUGAGUUCAAACCUCAGGAAACUCCGUUUUAUGCAAAAGUCUGAUGAAAAACCUCAAACAACCACAGAAAAAGUAGUUAAUACACUAAUUGGAGACAAAUCUAUCUGGAUUCGUGAAGGUUUUGAGGAAAUUCAUAAAUUCCAUGACGAGAAGGCCGAUCAUAAACAGAAGUAUCCUAAAAUUAGAUACAUGACCAGGAGAUCCUACAAUGGAGCGAAUCCAUCUACUGAGGGGUUUAUGCAGAAACUUAAAAAGAAAACCACAACUCAAACAAAUAAACAGAAUGUGUAG